CUCACGUGACUGUCAGCUGACCAGUAGUAGUGAAGGUCAGUAGCUGUAAGUGUUCAUAUUUGUACAAACGAUAAAGUUAGCUUUAACUUUUCACUUUCACAAAAAUAUUUUUCUUUAUGUGCUUAAAUAGACGACAGUGUUAGGUAGACCAAAUCAUCUAAACAGGGAACAAAGAAAAUAAGUGCCUUUGAAACAAAAUGGCCUCCUCUUCUGCCGCUACUGCUUCUGUCGUCCUAAAUACGGGUGUUCAUAUGCCCCUUCUGGGUUUGGGGACCUUCAAGUUACAGGGUACUGAAAAUGUCUACCAGGCUGUGGAUGCUGCCUUGGCUGCUGGUUACCGGGCCUUUGACAGUGCAGCCAUCUACGGGAAUGAAGCCGACUUGGGACGAGCCCUGAAGGAACUCCUGCCCAAAUAUUGCUUGUCCAGAGAAGAUGUAUUUAUAACCAGCAAGCUCACCCCUAAGGAUCAGGGUGAAAAGGCCAUGGAAGGAGCACUCCAAAGCCUGUCUCAGCUGGAUUUGAGUUACAUUGACCUGUACCUAAUCCACUGGCCUGGUACACAGGGCCUGGUAGUGAAUGACCAACAUAACCCAGGUAACCGAGCUCAGAGUUGGGCUGCACUGGAGGAGCUGCAUUCCCAGGGAAAGCUGAAGGCUAUAGGUGUGUCUAACUACACACCAGCACACAUGAAACAGCUAAUGCAAAGCUGCAAAGUCCCUCCUGCGGUGCUACAGGUAGAGUUUCACCCAGAGCUGUGCCAGAGUGAGCUGAGAACAGUGUGUAAGGAGUAUGGAGUGUGUUUCCAAGCCUACACCUCUUUAGGGAGAGGAGGCCUGUUAACUGACCCUGUAGUAAUGGAGGUGGCAAAAAACUGUGAACGCACACCUGCACAGGUCCUGUUGCGCUGGGCAGUACAGCAGGGUGUCCCUGUGCUCCCCAAGUCAUCAAGUCCAGAGAGAAUAAAGGCAAACUCCAGGAUUUUUGACUUUAUGCUGACUGAUGCAGACAUGGAGAGACUGUCAGCUUUGGACUCUGGACACAGGUAUUGCUGGGAUCCAUCAGAAGUGGCUUGACAGAUUGGGUCUUACAUUUUACUAAUGCUACUCUGACUGGCGGUAAUGCAGUGGUAGGAAAUCAAAGUGGGAAACACUUGCAGAUCCAGUUAAGUCAGCUCUUCUGGGCUCAGGUAAUUAAGCUUUUCGGAUAUUGUGGGAUAAGUAUUGAAAAUGUAUCCAAAUGGAUGUACAGAGACAUCUGAGAGUUCAGCUAACAGUUCGAACCUAGGCCAGUAAGUUGCACUGUUUACUGUGCCCCAUAUGUUGUUAUAUGCUCUGUACCUUAUCAUAUUUUGUGUCCUUGUUAAUCUCCUUUCAUUGUACUAUUGUGCAUUAAUAUUUAGACAUUUGAAUUGUCUAUGAAUUGCCUCAA